AAAAUAGCUUUCUCUGCUAGUAGAAGUACAAAACUUGGACCUGUGCUACAAGACACAGCAGUGACUUUUGAUCGCGUCCAUAUCAAUCUUGGUGAUAGUUUUGAUCCCUAUACAUCACAUUUUAUAUGUAAACAUAAUGGGACUUAUAUCUUUACAACACAUAUACUGGGCCAGAAUAAAAUUGAUGCGUAUGCUUGGAUCAUGGUGAAUAAGAACCAUAAGUUACCAUUACAUGGUGAUGGACGUGCCGGGUAUGGUACAGGUAGUAAUACCAUAAUCUUAGAACUGACAGUUGAUGAACAUGUUUGGAUACAACUGAGUAUUAACUCAGCUUUGAUGAAUGACUACUCUUCUUUUGCUGGACAUAUUCUUUUUGAGAAC